AUGAGACUUUCAAACGCUCUGCUCGUGUUGACUGCGGCGGCAGCAAACGCCCAGCGACCCGCCGAUGUAUCGAUGUGUGAUUACUACACAAAGACUCUUCUUGGCAAAGACAACACGCCAGAGAAUCAGCUUCAACUGAUCACUCUUCUCGUCAACACUGUGAUUCUUGGAAACUACACAACUCCCAAUGUUGGCAUCGCAGUGCCCGGUCUCCUCGCGCCAGCGGUAGUCAAUGGUGAAAACGUCAACCUGCUGCCAUACUUUAGCGGCGAGUUGGCCACGACGAACAGAGGAGACUGCCAUGGAAUAUCUGUCAACUUCCUUGACGGUGGCGGCCCGGCGCCUCUCUUACAGAACAAGCCUGCCGACGACGAGACUUCCAACCAAUACUUCCUCAUCACUCACCUCUACCAAUACUUCGGCACCCUCAUCGGCUGCUCCUAUCAAGGAUACCCUGCCUUCCCUGCUUAUGCUGGCGCAGCAUCCAUGUACCAGUCGCACAAGUUCAUGAACCUCGACUACGCCCAGAACAAAUACUUCAUCGACCAGCACGUCGCCGCUGCCGAAUCACUAGGAUUUUCCACCGCAGACGGCAAGAUCUUCAGCGACAAUCUCUACAACGUCUUCGCUGUUCGCUGCGGCGGACCUACGUCAAUAAUCAAGACUCAAGGGCCACAGCUGCAGUCGACUUGCUUGACAGCCGAUUGCCCUAACGCGGCCGAUUCUGAGUGCGAUCUCUACCCAGCAUUGACGGCGUCGACUGGAAACUCUGCAAAAGCAACGCUGUCUAAAAAGAGCGAGCUGUGA